UUGAUGAGCAUACUAUUGUACAUUUGUUGAAGGAUAGGCUACUGUUCAUUGCUUGGACAGCAUUUGAAUUUCCAUGAGUUGUUUAGAUCGUGUUGUGUCUUUUGAAGAUCUGUAAUUCGUGCAGAAAUUAUGGAGUAACUGCAAUUGUUCCCAACCGUGCAACCUCCGGAUUUAGGCUACCGUGGGUUUAAAACGGAUGAGCUGGAGACAGAGAGAUAGAGAGAGCAAGCGAGUGAGCAGCUGUGUGUGUGAGUGUGAGAGAGGUGCUGAGUUCUGAAGAGCUCACACAACAGGACAGAGCCCAGCUAGCGCUGCUGAGACGGACUAUGCAGAAUAGUGUCUGAGUUUGUCCUGAGGAUAGACACCAAGAGAUCAGAAUGGGAAACACUGACAGCCAGUACAGCAACUUCAACGUCCCUGGGAAACCCAAACCCUGCUCUCUAAAGUUCCACUCCAUUAAGGAGGAAGUCCUGUCCCCCAAUAGCUGGUGGAGGAGCAGCGAGGGGGGCGGCCAGGAGUACAAAACCGGAGGCAAGGGAGGGAGGGUCUGCCUGCCCCAGCAGAAGAUCACUCACAACCAGCCUUAUGGCUUGUCGCAACACUACGAGCACCACAUCACCAAGGAGGGCAGGGGACUGAGAGGGCCCCCAGGAGCCAAGCUGAAGUCCAGCUCUCCGCAGUGUUGUGGCGGAGGGGACAGUUCCCAAGUGACCAGGAAAAGCAGAGGUCAUAACGGCUAUGGUUUCCUGGAGAGUAGCGGGGAGAAUGUGAACGGUCUCGGUGCCAACGGGCAGCGCACCCCUGAGAUGACUUCUCUGUGUGAGCCAAUAGAGAGCCGCAGCAGCCCCAAGGUGCUCCUCAGUAAGGACGGCAGCAUGCGUGUGGAGUUCACCAAUGCCAGGAGGAUGCCUCUGGAGCCCCAGGGUCUGUCAGGCCACAGCCACAAUGCAGUAGCAGCCCCAGAGCCCUCUCUGACUAGGACCAGUAAGGGUAGCUCGCUCAGCUCCGAGGGCUCCUGGUACGACUCUCCUUGGGGGAACAACACAGAGCUCAACGAUAAUGUGUUCACAUGCAGUCAGACCGCAACGAGGGACAACAGUAGUGGCUACACCACCUACUCCUCCACGCGCACUGAGGAGACGGGCUGCGACUACAACACCUUCUCAUCCGCCCCUACUGAGGACAUGUCCCCGGGGUUCAACCCCAACCUCCUCUUCCAGAGCAUGGAUAGUAAUGGACAAUAUGCAAGCCGAGGGUUUAACAGCAACGGGUAUAACUCUUGCUCUUUGGGCCGCACUGAGGACAGUGGCAUCGGAGAUUCUAUGAUUCUCUACCCGGAGCAGAGUCAGUUUAGCCUCAUCUCCCCUCCCGUGUCCCUAUCUGACCUCUGCAUGGUGGCUACAUACCCCACCCCUCACUUCAAGGACAUCCCCCAGCGCCGGGCGUCGCUGGCCUCGGUGCUGACCCUGGACGUGGGCGACCAGGAGGAGAGCUCAGAGUCGGGCGACCAGUGCUACUCCUCCGCUCACAGUCACACGCUGCCCUGCAGGAGGGUCGCCACCGGGCCUACCGCCAUCGUCGUCAGCAACAGCAGGAAGGACAACCUGAAGAGCCGAAUCCGGCGCCUCAGCGACUGGACAGGAAGUCUAAGCAGGAAGAAGAGAAGACUACAGGAGCCUUAUGGUAGUGAGGCCAGUGAAGGCUUUAUCAUUGGAGUGGAUCCUAGGUUAGGUGACUCCAGGUCCCAGGUAACUGGUCCAGUAUGGAACUCCCUCCACACCCAGACCCUGUCAGUCCGCUCUGGGGCCUCCAGGGGCCAACAGAGCCACAGUGACGCCUUGCGGCAGAACAUCUAUGAAAAUUUCAUGCAGGAGCUGGAGACAGGAGGCAACAGCGGGACGGAGCGGACCGAGCCUUCGGAGGAUGGAGAGGGGGAGGACAUGGGAGGAGCAAGGGGAAUAGGAGUGGGGGAACAGGGAGAGAGUAGUGGCAGUGGCUCCCUGGGCUCUCUGGAACAGCUGGACCUGCUGUUUGAGAAGGAGCAAGGGGUGGUACGCAGGGCCGGCUGGCUCUCCAUCAAACCCCUCCUCACCUUGCAUAAGGACAGGAAGCUGGAGCUUGUGGCCCGCAGGAAGUGGCGGCAGUACUGGGUCACGCUCAAAGGGUGUACCCUCCUGCUCUAUGAGACCUAUGGGAAAAGUAGCUGUCCCGAGCAGGAGCUGUCCCCGUGCUACACCCUGCUUGCUGAGGACAGCAUAGUCCAGGCGAUCCCUGAACACCCCAAGAAGGAGAACGUCUUCUGCCUGAGCAACGGCUACGGAGAUGUCUAUCUGUUGCAGGCUGCUAAUCAGACAGACCUGGAGAACUGGGUGACAGCCAUCCACUCUGCCAGCGCCUCUCUGCUGGCUAAGAGACAGGGGAAGGAGGACACGGUGCGGUUACUGAGGAGCCAGACUGGCGCCCUGCUGCAGAAGGUAGACAUGGACAGCAAGAUGAAGAAGAUGGCUGAGUUGCAGCUGUCUGUCAUCAGUGACCAGAGGAACAGGAAGGCCAUCAAGAGCCAGAUCCAGCAAUGGGAGCAGAACCUGGAGAAGUUCAACAUCGACCUGUUCCGGAUGCGCUGUUACCUGGCCAGCCUGCAGGGCAGUGAGCUCCCCAACCCUAAGAGUCUCCUGGCCGUGGCCGGACGGCCCUCCAAAACCACCCUGGGACGCCUGGGGAUCUUCUCUGUCUCCUCCUUUCAUGCCCUGAUCUGCACCCGUGACGAGGCAACCCUGCGGAGGUGUUGCCAAUCUCUUUCCCGGGAGACACGGAACAAGAGGGGUAUCUUCUCUUCCCUCAAGGGUCUGGACAGCCUGACCAAACGCAGCAAGGAGAAGAGGCAGUCCAUGUCCCAGGUUGUUGAAGGACAAAGUGUUGGAGUGCCUGCUGGCCAUGUCCUCAACCACAGCAGCUCUGAGAGAUUGGACGCUCUUGCCAAAGUGCAGUUGAUAGCACCACCUAAAGGCAACCCUUGGUUCAGCAGUUUGGAACCUCCAGUCUGUGUGAAUAUGCCCGAAAGCCAAACAGUUACUCUGCACAUCAAACCCGAUUUCCUCGUAUCAGAUGUGCUAUCUUUGGCCUGUAAGGACAGGCACCUGGACCCGAGCCAGCACUGCCUGCGUGUGAGAAGGCUGGUGGGUCAGGACACGGAGACCAGCUCCACAGCACUCACAGACCCACUACGAGACCUGGUGUAUGAUGAGCUAGAGGUCUUCCCGCUCAAUGUUUUCACCAUACAACUGUCCCGCCCAGACACAGCAGUGGACUUUGGCUUUGCUGUGACGGGCCAUGUAGACGGAACCAGGAAAGGCCAUGUCUAUGUGAGUGAGGUCACUCCAGAGGGACUGGCUUUCACUGAAGGUCUGAGAGCGGGGGAUGAGAUCCUGUUUCUGAAUGGGACCAGUGUGUCCUCCCUGGACAUGGGUCUGACACACCUGUUGUUCAGCCACCAGACCCUCCAUCUGUUGCUCAGACGAGAGGACACGACCACUGAGGACCAUACCUCUGUCUGGUCAGACUGUGGCCCCUGGCAGCCAGCACCACCGCCACCCAGCCACUGUGGCCCCUGGCCUACAGAUGUGCUGCUGCCCCAGGAGCUUCCAGAAUGCUCUGUAACGUCUCCCUUUCAGGAGCUGUCACAACAACCACAACCCGCUGAUGGGACGGAGCAGCUCGGCCAGAAUGUUGAGACGGUGUGCUUCCUGAACCAGACCUUCUCAGAGGGCCGUGGGGCAGCGGGGGCAGUGGUGGUGGAGGGCCAGAGGAACCCCUACUCCAUGGAGCCCCUUCCCCAGACCCUGAAGCCCCCCUGCCCCAGACACAUGUCCAUCUCUGAGAGGCUCUGUAAGGUCAUACAGGAAUUGGUGGACACAGAGAAGUCCUACGUCAAGGACCUGGGCUCUCUGUUUGACAUCUACCUAACGCCUCUACAGAGUGAGACCUUCCUCAGCCACGAUGAGAUGGAGUCUCUGUUUGGCAGUCUGCCUGAGAUGCUAGACUUCCAGAGAGUGUUCCUACACACCCUGGAGGAGCGCAUCGCCUCCUCCCCCAACUUCAGCUCCCUGGAGACCCCGGAACAAUUCAAGAAACUUCUUCUCUCGCUGGGGGGCUCCUUUCUCUACUACGCCGACCACUUCAAGCUCUACAGCGGCUUCUGUGCCAACCACAUCAAAGUCCAAAAGGUUCUGGAACGAGCGAAGACGGACCGGGCCUUCAAGCAGUUCCUGGAGGCGAGAAACCCCACCAAGCAGCACUCAUCCACCCUGGAGUCCUACCUCAUUAAGCCAGUCCAGAGGGUGCUCAAGUACCCCCUGCUGCUCAGACAGCUGGUCUCCCUGACCGACUCAGAGAGCGAGGAGCACAGCCACCUCACAGAGGCUCUGAGAGCCAUGGAGAAGGUGGCCAGUCACAUCAAUGAGAUGCAGAAGAUCUACGAGGACUACGGAACUGUGUUUGACCAGCUGGUGGCAGAGCAGAGUGGUCCUGAGAAAGAGGUUACAGAGAUCUCCAUGGGAGAGUUCCUCAUCCACUCCUCAUUAAAAUGGCUCAACCCUCUCCCCUCCCUGGGUCGCAUGAGGAAACAUCCUGAGCUAAUGCUGUUUGUUUUCAAGAGAGCGGUGAUCCUGGUGUACCGUGAGCGCAGCAAGAUGAGAAAGAGGAUGACCACGUCACGCUCAGGGGACCUGGAGGCCUUCAAGUUCCGCUGGCUCGUCCCGGGGUCGGCGGUGCAGGUCCGCCUGGGGAACGCAGCAGGAACGGAGAGCCCAUGUAUCUGGGAGCUGGUCCAUACCAAGUCUCAGGUGGAGGGGAGACCAGAGACCGUGUUCCAGCUCUGCAGCAGUGGUUUGGAGAAUAAGGCCAGUGUAGUGAAAGCUCUUCGCUCCCUUCGAGACUGGACCUGUAGGCCCCUCCUAUCAGAGAGAGGUUCUAGAGAGUACCUAGGCUCCCUCCGUAGGACCCAGCCUGCACCGGUCAGAGCCGGCUCCUGGAGAAGACAACAGGAACUGCAGGCCAUGAGUACUGCAGGCCACCAGCACCACUCUGACGACGGCAGUGUGUCCAGUGGUGCAACCCAACCCUGCCCGGGAGACACCCACUCGGAGCCCCAGCUUCACAGCCGCUCCACCAUGGGCCUCCCCAGCCUGGAGGUCACCACGCUGGGCAAGAGGGCCCGGCUGUGCUCCCUGACCAGCGCCCUGGAGGCCCAGCUCCAGAGACUCAACUUCACAGAGGAGGCCGGGCCGAGGAGUGCUGCGUCCCAGCAGGAGCACCUCAGACCGGGGCCCCACCAGCCCCAUCCUGCUGCCCAGAGGAGGGCUAGCAGUCUGCAGGGUCCAGGAGGGCAGGAUAAUGACCCCCAGUGUGUGGACCUUAAUGCCCUGCUGGGGAGGGACUUCAGUGUGCAGAGCCUGACCUGUGUGGUCAAUGAGAACUGCUUUUAUGACACAGUUAUGGGGAUCCAGAAGGCGGCCAUUCCAACACUAUAGGGGCCCUAGAAGUUGCCCCUAGACGCUGAUCUUGGGUCAGUUUUCCCCACUAAUGGUUAACAAUAGGAUUGGGGGACAGCUGAUCCUAGAUCUGUACCAAGGGAAACUACACCCGGAGAGCUGAUGAACACUAUAGAAGGUACACUCCUGUACCUGUCUCGACCCUAAUCACACUGACUACAUUAGUGCCUGGUCAAGGUACUAUGGACUAGAAGAUGAAUCUCCUUAAUGUGUUUACUCUGACUGGUGAGUAGGCUACGACUGAAGACCUGAGCUCUGAUCACAGUUACUUGACUUUAUCCUUUUAUCUCCUAGUGGAGCAAAGGCAUCAAGAUCACACUGUGACAGUAUAUACAGUGCAUUUGGAAAGUAUUCAGACACCUUCGCUUUUUCCACAUUUUGUUAUGUUACAGCCUUAUUCUAAAAUAUAUUCCAUUGUUUUUUCCCCUCAUCAAUCUACACACAAUACCCCACAAUGACAUCACAAUACCACAUACUGACAAAGAAAAACGGGUUUUUCAAAAUCUUCUGAACUGUAUACUUAAAAAAAAACGGAAAUAUCACAUUUACUUAAGAAUUCAGACACUUUCAGUACUUUGUUGAAGCACCUAUGGCAACGUUUACAGCCUUGAAUCUUCUUGGGUAUGAUGCUACAAGUUUGGCACACCUGUAUUUGGGGAGUUUCUCCCAUUCUUCUCUGCAGAUCCUCUCAAGCUCUGUCAGGUUGGAUGGGGAGCGUCACCGCACAGCUAUUUUCAGGUCUCUCCAGAGAUGUUCGAUCGGGUUCAAGUCCAGGCUAAGGCUGGGUCACCCAAGCUGUGUGCUUAGGGUCGUUGUCCUGUUGGAAGGUGAACCUUCGCCCCAGUCUGAGGUUCUGAGUGCUCUGGAGCAGGUUUUUAUCAAGGAUCUCUCUGUACUUUGCUCCGCUCAUCUUUCCCUCGAUCCUAACUAGUCUCCCAGUCCCUGCCACUGAAAAACAUCCCCACAGCAUGAUGCUGCCACCACCAUGCUUCACCAUAGGGAUGGUGCCAGGUUUCCUCCAGACGUGACGCUUGGCAUUCAGGCCAAAAUGUCAAUCUUGGUUUCAUCAGACCAGAGAAUCUUGUUUCUCAUGGUCUGAGAGUCCUUUAGGUGCCUUUUGGCAAACUCCAAAUGGCUAUUAUGUGCCUUUUACUGAGGAGUGGCUUCUGUCUGGCCACUCUACCAUAAAGGGCUGAUUAGUGGAGUGCUGCAGAGAUGGUUGUCCUUCUGGAAUGUUCUCCCAUCUCCACAGAGGAACUCUGGAGCAUCGAGUUCUUGGUCACCUCCCUGACUAAGGCCCUUCUCCCCCGAAUGCUCAAUUUGUCCGUGUGGCCAGCUUUAGGAAGAGUCUUGGUGGUUCCAAACUUCUUCCAUUUAAGAAUGAUGGAGGCCAGUGUGUUAUUGGGGAACUUCAAUGCUGCAUAAAUGUUUUGGUACCCUUCCCCAGAUCUGUGCCUCGACACAAUACCUUCGACCUCAUUGCUAGGUUUUUGCUCUGACAUGCACUGUCAACUGUGGGACCUUAUAUAGACAGGUGUGUGCCUUUCCAAAUCAUGUCCAAACAAUUUCAUUUACUACAGGUGGACUCCAAUCAAGUUUUAGAAACAAUCUCAAGGAUGAUCAAUGGAAACAAGAUGCACCCGAGCUAAAUUUCGGGUCUCAUAGCAAAGGGUCUGAAUACUUAGGUAAAUAAGGUAUUUCUGUUAGUUUUUUAAUAGUUUUGCAACAAAAAAAUCUAAAAACCUGUUUUCCCUUUGUCAUUAUGGGGUAUUGUGUGUAGAUUGGUGAGAGAAAAAAUAACAAUUUAAUCCAUUUUAGAAUAAAGCUGUAAUGUAACAAAAUGUGUGAAAUGGGAAGGGGUCUGAAUACUUUCCGAAUGCACUGUGAAAUGAGCGUCCUUUGUUUGGCUUCACUCUCUAAGCUCUGAGCACAGUUGCCUAUGUUCAAUAACAUUCCUCCUUACUCUUGUUUGUGAAUAUGAUGCAGUAUCUUAAUCACAAACAUUACAUUUUAAUGUCUUUUUUGGCAAACGCAGUUGUUAAUUAAAAAUUGGAAUUGCCUGAAUUCUAUUUAUAUUUUGUCUCAAUAUUAUUUUGUUAAUGUGUUAAUAUCCACAUAAAAACAAAGACUAAGUGUCACAUUUCGAUUUAAUUGAUUUUAUUAAGUUCAAAGCUUUAAAUCUCUUUCUUGUUUCAAGUGAUUUGAUGUAUCACUUUAAGAAUUGUUCAAAUGUUUUAUCAUUAUUCAGAUGUAUCUUAACUGUAAUUUAUUCUCAAAUGUUUAUUAUUUUCAUUUAAACGGGACGUUUAUACGGGUGUCCUGACUCUCUGUGGUCACUAAAGAUCCCAUGACACUUAUCUUAAGAGUAGGGAUGUUAACCUCGGUGUCCUGGCUAAAUUCCCAAUCUGGCCCUCAUACCAUCAUGACCACCUAAUCAUCCCCAGCUUACAAUUGGCUCAUUCAUCCCCUCCUCCUCUCCCCUGUAACUAUUCUCCAGGUCAUUGCUGUAAAUGAGAACGUGUUCUCAGUCAACUUACCUGGUGAAAUAAGGGUUCAAUAAACACAUUGUACAGGUAAGGUAAAAUGCUGUAAUGUUGAAUAAAAAAACAGUCUCUUAUACUAGAGUUGUCCUGAUUGAUAAAUAA